AUGGCAAUAUAUGAUACUGAACCACAGUCCGACGAAGUGACUAAAAGAUUUUACACAGAGAAGAAAAUAAGACGCUACGCUACCCAAGAAUGGAUACAUGUUGUUGAAGAAGACCCAGUUGAAGACGCUUUGAAGAAAUGCUUUCCUAUACCUGAAGAUAAAUGUGUGGAAGAGUUUGAAAAUGCAAUGCUUAGAGAUAUUUGCGUCGGUUCGCAGCUUGAACCCAACGUUUGUCCUGAGGUUGGUAAACAUUUGAAAAUAUGUCCCAACAUUGAAGAUGACAUGAACAUUGACUUAGAUAGUCCUGCAUCAAAUACAAACUUAGGCACGCCUAAAUCGAAUAAAUAUAAUCGUUUUUUACCAGAGAAUAAAGAAUUACCAGAUGAUUAUGAAGAAGCACCAACAACUCCAAGGAAGGAAAAAAAUGCUAUGCAGAAUAGCAUCCCACCCAAGAUCCCACACAGGAUUCACAGAAGACACGCAUUAGAUCCCGUCGUUCCACUUGAUACACCACCUGAAAAAUUUUUAACCGGCAUAACUAAUGAACAAUUGAAGGUGACAAUGACCCCUGAACAAGGAGAUAUUGGAAGAAAAUUAUUGCCCGAGAUCCUAUCUAAAAAGGAAAAGGAAAUCAUUGAGGAUUGUAGUUUAGGCACUUGUUCUGGAAUAACAAUACCUUGUAUAAAAAGUAAUAGUAGUUCAGAUGAAUUUAAAAUGGCACAAAAAAUACCGUUUUCUAUGAAGUCUCCGGAAGAUGAAGAUAUAGCUGCUCGAAUAAUGUCUGAAAUUGAUAAAUCUUGUAAACGCAUUCGUUCGGUAAAAUUAUCCUGCACAAACGCGGAAGCUGUAGUGAAAAUCGGAAGUAUUUGUGAUGAUCUGACAAAAGUUUUGAAAACACUUUGCACUGAACGUAAAGUGAUAGAAGAAAUAAGAACUAAAGACAAGAUCAAAAUAGCAGAUCGGAAACAGCUAACUAGGUCUACAACUGAUAAAACGACUGAUAAAGACUUAUACCUAUCAUUACUAAAAUUGGAUGAAGAAAACAAUAAUUUUAAAAAACAAGGACAAGAUAUGCCUCUUUAUGGAGACAUACCUGAAGUUACAAAAAUGAGAUCACAAAAAAAACAAAAAGAAAACGAAAAUGCAAGAGGUAAAAAAAGUAUACAAGACAAAUCGAAAAAGCGGCCUAAGCAUACAACCGGUAAAAAUACUGCUGAAUAUUUAUACUCAGAAGAGUCAGAUGAAGAAAAAAAAGAAAAAAAAAGAAACAUGGACGACCAUAAAAAGCAAGGUCUAGAUAUGUCUCUUCUUGGGAAAACACCUAAAUAUACAAAAAUGAGAUUGCAAAAAGAUCUAAAAGAGAAAAAAAAACCUGAAGAUGCAAAAAAGGUUAAGAAGCCUAAGCCUAAAACUGGAAAAGAAAUUGAUCAAGAUUUAAUUUCACCGUCAGCUGAGUCGAGUGAAGAAGUAUCUUCAUCAUCGAAAGAGUCUAACGCUGAAGAAGAAAAGGCCAUAGCCGAUCUUAAACAACAAGGACGAGAUAUUCCCCUUUCUGAGAAAACUGCUGAAGAUACAAACACAAAAUUAGGGCGAGAUAAGCCUUUACCUGGGGAGACCCCUGAAUAUGCGAAAAAAAGGUUUCAUAAAGCAUUAAAACAAAAAGAAGCUAGACAUAAAAAAAAGCUGAGAGACCAGUCAUCUCUUAAGAUGCCGAUUAAGUCUAAAAUAUCACCAAAAGUGUUAGAUGAAGAGGAAAAAAUCAGAUACUGCCUUAAAAAAUACGGACGAGAUAAGCCACCAGGCCGUCCUAUUGAACAGGAUAUUUCUGUGAUGAUUACUGAUGAGAAACUGAAAGCUGUUAAAAAAAUUAUAAAUGAACUUUGUUGUCAACUCAAACGUACAGCAGACGUGACGGGAAAUACAAAUAAAGAUGAAGUCGAAAAACUAUGCAAUGAUUUCAACAGAGUAGCUGAAAAAAUUUACAUGGAACGCAAAACACUGAUGUCACUGAGAAUAUCUAAAGACGAAGAUAUUUCCAGUAUUCAAUACGAAUCACGAGAAAAAAAAGAAACUAAUUCGGGUAUUGCCCAGAGUGCAUCAGAUAUUCCGGAUUUUCAAAUAAUUACCCAAGAAAAUCCUACAAAUUUAUCAGAUGUAGAUGAAAUUCCCAUUGAAACUAAAAGUAAGCCGCUGGCAGCAAAAGAUUCAGAAAAUCAACACGAAGUCGGGGACUUUGCGCAAAUACCUUCCCUAAGCGCCAAAGAAGAGAGCAGCAUAGAAUCUCUUAUUCCUGAAGAUAAGACUAAAAUGAUUCUAAUAGAAAAAAGUAAACAUGUAGCAACUGAUGACUCGAAGACAAAAAUUUCAAUGGCUUCUGAUGGUAAAGAAGACAGUUCUGGCAUACCUAAAGCCAGCAGUUCUGGAGUGAAGACCCCCAAUACUACCGGAGAUAGGUCUCCUGUAAAAACUAGAGAUAAGACACCAGUCACUACUAGAAAUAGUACAGCUGAUAGUUCUAAGAAACAGACAUUACUUAUCACUCCUAGAGAGGAAAACCACCUUGAUACUAGGGCAGAGGUUUCUAUCUGUCCUAGAAUUAUAAGACCAGUGAGUUUUGAAGAAAUAAACCUCCUUGAUUCUGAAGAGAAGACACUUGUUACUCAUCCCGAGAAGGCUGCCAUGGCUACUAGCACUAAAAAUUGUUUUUGUCCUGGACAGAUAAUUACUUUUUCUGAUGAGAAAAUUCCCAUCUGUACUAGAGACAAGGCUCUCAUCGUCAUUAGAGAUAUCAGUACUGUUGGUACUUCAAACAAAAUUGCUGGCAGACCUAGAAAAAAGACUUCAAGGCAAAUGAUUCGUAGCACCACCGGGGAAAAAUCUUCUUCUCAUUCUAUAGAAAGACCUCCUGAAAGUAGUGAGAAAGCUUUACGUAAAUGUAAAAAGAAAUUUCCUGUCCUCCAUAGAGAAGAAACUCCCAUCAAUAAGACCAAAGAAAAAACUCAAAUUCUAUCAAAAACCGAUAAUAAUGAAGCUGAAAACAAUACGACCGAUAAUAUAGACAAUCAUUUUAUGGUACCAUGCGCACGAAAGUGGGUUUAUAAAAAAGUAGAAGAUGGAGCAAUGACAUCACCGGAUAAUCUUAUGGCAAAACGAGAAUAUCUUUCGAGUCCAAGUAUUUCACCGACGGUUACAGUUAGGAGUGUGAUGGAAAAUCAAUCCUCGCGGAGUCAUACAAAACUUAAAAAAUCACGGUUCCAUACUGAAAUAACAAAGGACCGUGGUCAUAACGAUAUAGAAGAGAUUUUACUUGAUCGUGAUGGGAACAAAGCAUCAAUUAGUGAUGCGAAGUUGAACAAACGAAGUGAUUGUACGAAAAUAAAAAAAUAUGAUCUUGAGAGGAAAAAUGCUCGUAUCAAUACACAAAGUUAUGAAAAACCCGACUGUAUGACAGCAUUAUGCGUACCUGAUUGUUAUGAUCUAAAAGAUUUAGAAUCACAUGCUUAUGUCAAAAGGAAAAGAGUCUCACGUUAUCGUGAUGUAGAAGAGGUGAAAACCGACCCGUAUUACAAUGACGACAAAAAAAAACAAUCGCUUACAGAUAAAAAAGUCCAAAAAAUACGAAAUAAUCGUGCAAAAAUUAAGAAACAUGAUAUUGAGAGUAAAAGUACUCGUACCAAAGCACGAAAUGAUGAAAAACCCGACUGUAUGAGAGGAUUAUGUGUACCUGAUUGUUAUGAUUCAGAAGAUUUAGAAUCACAUGAUCGUGCCGAAAGAAAAGCAGUCUCACGUGACCAUGUUGUAAAAAAAUCGCGUGAUAAAGAGCAUGAUGACAAACAAGAACAAUCGCUAAGAAAUGAAGAGAUCGAAAAAAUACAAACCAAUCGUACGAAUAUAAGAAAAUAUGAGCUCGAAAGAAAAAGGGCUCUUAAUACUUUACAAAGUGGUGAUAAGCCCGACUGUUGGAAAGGAAUAUGCGUACCUGAAUGUUACGAUUUCAAAAAUGUUAAAUCACGGGAAAUCAAACCUUCUAAAGAUACUGACGAAGAAGAAGAAUCAUCCAACAAUGAACGGAUAACAAAGUUGCUUGAUCUUAAUAAAACACGAAGCAUAUCAUCUGAAGUGGAAACUCAAAAUUUAACACAGGAUGGAAAAAGUAUUUCCGCAACAAGUUUACAUCCACCUAAAUCACAGAGAGAAUUAGAUAAUAUCAAGGUACACAAAACAUUAACGCAUCCUACGGAACAAGAAUUAUUUGACACAGAAAACGAUUUAUCGCAAAAUGCCUGUGCAAGGUCACGAUCUUGCAAUUGUGAAAUAUGUGAAUUACAUGAUCACGUCGAAAGGGAAAGAGUUUCAAGUUAUCGUGAUGUAGAAGAGGUGAAGAAAGAACCGUAUUACAAUGUCAACAAAAACAAACAAUCCCUUACGGAUAAGAAAGUCCAAAAAAUACGAAAUAAUCGUGCAAAAAUAAAGAAACUUGGUAUAGAGAGUAAAAGUACUCGUACCAAAGCACAAAAUAAUGAAAAACCCGACUGUAUGAGAGGAUUAUGCGUACCCGAUUGUUAUGAUUCAAAAGAUGUAGAAUCACAUGAUCGUGUCGAAAGAGUUUCAUGUGAUCGUAUUGUCAAAGAAUCAUAUGAUAAAGAGAUGAAAAACAAACCAAGUUACCGUGGCACACAAGAACAAUUACUUAAAGAUAAAAAACACCAAAAGAUACGAAGUGAUCGUGCAAAGAUAAGGAAACAUAAUCUUGAGAGAAAAAAUACUCGUUCCUAUACACAAAGUGUUGAAAAACCCGACUGUAUGAGAGGAUUAUGUGUACCUGAUUGUUAUGAUUCAGAAGAUUUAGAAUCACAUGAUCGUGCCGAAAAAAAAGCAGUCUCAUCUGAUCAUGUUGUAAAAAAAUCGCGUGAUAAAGUGCAUGAUGACAAACAAGAACAAUCGCUAAGAGAUGAAGAGAUCGAAAAAGUACAAACCAAUCGUACGAAUAUAAGAAAACAUGAGCUCGAAAGAAAAAGGGCUCUUAACACUUUACAAAGUGGUGCUAAGCCCGACUGUUCGAAAGGAAUAUGCGUACCUGAAUGUUACGAUUACGAUACGAAAACAUUAGCGCAUCCUACAGAUCAAGAAUUAUCUGACACAGAAAACGAUUUAUCGCAAGAUGCUUGUGCAGGGUCACGAUCUUGCAAUUGUGAAACAUGUGAAGUGCCUGAUUGCAUCAAAAUGUCAACACGACCAUAUUGUUGGAAAUCAGAACGAAUAAAGCAAAUUCUCGAGAGCUCAAAGCAACGUGCUGCAGCAAAUGCUAAUGAAACUGGUGAAGAAGUUAUGACAAGAUACACUGUGAAACUAGACACAUCCAAUGAUUCCAAUGACAAGAAAAAAAAAAGCAUUUUAAACCGAAAACAACAAUUAAGUGGAACUAAGACGGUCAAAAAAGUAUCAAUUAAAGUAUCAACAAACGGGACUAAAGGACCGCUUGUAGACACAGAAAACAUACCUUCUGAUAAUGAAAACAUAGAAAAAGAUACACAUGAUCUCAACAUGGACAAAAAAGCGUCAAUUAAGAGACCAACAAAAGAAAACAAGCAACCAAUUAAACAUGGAGAUGCUGAAGACGUAUCCCCUGGAAGUGAAAAGAUAGAAGAAGAUACAUAUAGUACUAAGAAGAACAGAAAUGCGUCAUUUAAGAGCCCAACAAAAAAAAGUAUAGAAUCUGUUGAGGAUGAAGUUAUAGAAGACGUAUCUCCUGAAAGUGAAGAAAUACAAGAAGAUACACAUGAUCAUAAAAAUGAAAAUAACACAUCUCUCAAAACGGCAACAAAAAGCGAAAUGGAAACAAGUGAACUUGUAGAUGCAAAAUAUGUAUCUCCUGAAAGUGAAAAGAAACAAAAAGAUACACAAGACAUUAAAAAUCACAAAAAAAUAUUACUUGAAACGGCAACAAUUGGCGAAAAGGGGACAAUUGAACUUGUAGAUACAGAAGAUAUGUCUUCUGAAAAUAUGCUUACGAUAUCAGCUGAACUUAUGGACAGAUCGUGCUACAGUACGGAAAUCUUAGUUUCUGAAAAGAAUAGCAAAGUUUCAGUGGAUAGUGUCGGCCUCGAAGAUGAAAGUGACAUUUCAUUUGAUUGUGCCAGCCUCGAAAUGCAGAGUGACAUUCCAGACAGUGCUACAACACACCAAGUAUCUCCCGAGCUAGAAGACAAAUUAUAUACUUUAGAGCGGAGCAAAAUUUUAAUUGAUUUUGCCCCGCCGAAAGUGCAAAGCGAAAGUUCACUUGGUAGUACCACCCCUGUAGAGCAAAGCGAAAUAUUAACUGGUAAGACCAAGCCGGAAAAGCAAAGUUCGCUUGAUAGGAUCAGCCCUGUAGAGCAGAGCGAAGCUUCAUUUGAUAGUAUCGAAAUGAAAAAGCAAAGUGAAAGUUCAUUUAAUAGUACCAGACUUGUAGAGCGGAGCGAAAUUUUAAUUGAUAAUACCAUGUCGGAAAAGCAAAGCGAAAAUUCGCUUUGUAGUACCAGCUCUGUAGAGCAGAGCGAAACAGUGGCUGACUAUGGUAUUACGGCAAAAACUAAUGAAUCAAAAACAUCUAACAGUGCUCGUACUAAGUUAAAAAAAAAAUUAAGCAGUACUAUAACCAAAAACGAAUCUCGUUACAGUAACAAAACAAAAAAAGGCUCACGUAAGAAGGCUGCAAAAGGAGAAAGAGGAUCAAUUGAAUCUAUAGAUGCAAAGCACAUACGUGCUGAAAGUAAAGAGUCAAAAAAAGAUUCACGUCGCAGUAAAAAGAACGGUACGACGUCUCUUAAGAAAUCAGCAAAAAGAAAAAAAGGGUCAUUUGAACUUGGCAGUAUAGAAAACUUGUCUCCUGACGAUUUAAGUGGCCGUAAAACGUCAUCACUAAAAGAGGGAAUAAAAAGAAAAAAGGGAUCAACUAAAUCUGUAUAUGUCAAAGGCAUAUAUACUGAAAAUGAGGACUUUAAGCAACAUAAAGCAACAAAAAAGUCAAGUAAGGUGAAAGAACAAACUUCGUCAGCAGAAUUUAUAGACCCAUCACUCGACUAUAAGAAAAUUUUAUUAGAACCUGUAGAACAGAGCACUAGUUCACUUGACAGUACCAGCACUGUAGAACUGAGCGAAAUUUCCCGAGAUAGUACCAAAUACGAAGAGCAAGCCGAAAUUGCACAUGAUAAUGCCAGUUCCAAAGAGCAAAGCGACAUUUCGCUCGAUGAUAUUAGUACAAAAGAAGUACCUCUCAAGUUAGAAGACAAAUUAUCCGAUUUAGAAGGCAUACCACUUGAUCAAUAUGAGCAGAUAUUUAUUGAACUACCUCCUUGUCCUGAAUAUGCUGUACCUAAUUGCUUGGACCAAUCAAGCCCUUAUCCAAAUUGUGCAGGAAAUUCAGCAACAACAAAAAAGUCUCGUGACAGAAAAGAGGAAGAAAAAGAAAACUCGUCAAAAAGAGGGCCAUCGAAAGAGGGAUCAACUAUAAGCGUUGCAGAAAAACAUUCAAAUAUUAAUAGUACUAAAAAAAAGUACUCUAAGAAAAAGCCAAAUAAAACUGUUUAUUACAACAAUUUACAAACGAUGUCAGUAGAACAUCAUCCUCCGUCCUCAUUUGAUCCUAAAAGAGUAUUAUUAGCACCUAAAGAUAUUUCGUGCAAUAGUACUAGGAUACAAAACGUACCCCCAGAGUUAGGAGGCAAAUUAUCCGAGUUAAAAAAGAUGCCAUCAGCUCAAGAUGAGAUGAUAAAAAAAGAAUUUCCUGAACAUUGGAUCAGUAAAACAGGAUCACUUAAAUAUAUGGUGUCAAAGAAAACGUCAAUUGAUCGAAAGAAAGAAACAAAUUCAUCAGUAGAAAGAAAAAAAAGAUUAUCAAAAACUGGAAAAGCUAAAAAUGUUGAUGUAAAAGACAUGCUUUCGGAAACUUUAGAAUCAAAAAUAAAAUCAGGUGAUAGCCAAAAGGCCAAAAAAGAAAUGAUAAAAGAUGAAAAAAAAUCACGAAAAGGAUCAUUUAAAAAGGAAUCAACUGAAAUUGUAGGUGCUCAAACUAUAUUAUCUAAAACGAAGACAGAAAUAUUACCUAAGGAAGCUAUGAAAAAGUCACCUAAGAAGACAAGAAACGCACAUUUUUAUGAUCCGCUAGAAAUGAAGUCAUUAGAAGUUGCGUCACUUGACCAUUUAUCACCUAAACAGCUGACCCAAGCUUCAAAUGAUCGUAUCUUCAGCACAGGCGGAGAAUCACUCGAAUUAGAAGCUAAAUUACCUCGUCAAGUAGCAGUUGUUAUUAAGCCAGUCUCCGAUUGUUUAAAUAAAAAAAUAAACAUGCGUCAUAAGUGUGCUAAGCUAUCGAUUCCAGAUGCUGAUCCUCGAAUAUCUCAACAAAACCUGCGCAUUUGUGAUGAAAAGACUGAGAUUCAGAAUUCUAAUGAAGUUUCGUUGCCAGUUGGCAAAGACGACACACCUUCUGCUACACACAUUGCUCUAAAUACGUCUCUGGGUUUUAAGAAAACUCUUCAAAACGUUAUUUCUGGUUUAAAAAAAAAAUGUGUUUUCUCAUCAGGCAAAGUGAAACAUACUUGUUCUCCAAAAGCUAAAUUGAAAAGUGAUUUUCUGACCAAAUCUGAUGAAAAACCUCUGCCGAACACUAAGAACAAUCAUCAAGCUUCUUCCGUCCAUCUAAAAGAGUCGACGACCGCUGAUAGUACAUGUCUUCAACAGUUUGUAGGAAAAGAGCCAAUUGCAAAUAUAGCACUUGACUUACGCACGCCAGUCGAAAAUAGACUUACUAAAAGAUACGUUAGAAGCAGAAUGAAAUAUUUUAAUCGCCGUUCAAAGCUUCCAAUACCUAACAUUUCCCCUUGUCCUCCGAAAACAACUGAAAAUAUACAUCUUCAAGAGUUGAGACACAACGAAUUGUCGAAAUCAGUAAAAGUAUUUGAGCCCAUCAUUGAUAGCUCCAUCAAUAAUGUUAAAACCUUUGUUCCCGAGAACGCUGCAAUCUACCGCACAGACAAAGUAACUCAUGACCGUACAAAAAACACUGGUAAGAUCAAAGAUCCUACUGAAAAUGUGGUCUCUGACGACAUGAAUCAAUUCAACGCCCCGUGUCUUUUGAAGGCCACUAAAACGUUUGUUCCUGGAACAGCACUCGAAAACCGAAUAGAAAAUCCUCAAAAUAUCAUCUCUGAUUCUAUGAAUACGGUUCAAACUAUUUCUUUUUGUUUUUUAAAGAGUACUGAAUCUACAAGUCCUAACCAUCCAACUGGAAAUAUCCAACAGAUUGAGAGUUUUCAUAAUAUUUUAUCAAAUUCGGUUGAAACGGUUCCAACCAACUCUCCAUGUCGUCUGAAGGCGAUUAAAUCUUUCAUCCCAGACAAGUCAACAGAAAAUACUACGUCCAGCGGCUUCUGCGCGCUUGAGAAAAAACCUGAAGAGAUUUGCAUUAAAGUACCUACUUUAACUAAAUUUAAGAUCCCCAUUCAUCGAAGCUCUCAUAAAAUUAGGAAACUGAAAACGAUAUCCUGUAACCUACUGAAAACGCGAAUAAGUUUUGCAGAAUCUGCUAAAACAAUAACUUCUUCUCCAACCAAAAUAUCUGAAGAGUCUACAAGAGUAGGUGUAGAAGGAACUGCAGCAAGUUUUUUAUCUAGCUUCCUUAAAGUUUCUGGAAAUAUUAUCAAUUUUUGGCCAAUUAAAUUGAUUAAAAACACCACAUGCUUUGUUGAUAGUAUAACCGGUACAUCUACUAAGAUUGCAAGGACUGCUGAGAAUAUUUGUCUACAAGAUCUUAUGACUGCUGAGUCUUUUGACCCUGUGCCAUCUAAGAAGAAGCUUAAAAUUGAAGAAAAGCCUACUACCAAAAAUUAG